AUGGCUCAAAAACCCAGAUGGGGCGAAUUGGAGGAAGAAGUUGAUGGCGGUGACUAUGACUAUUUGUUGCCGCUGAAACAGGUUAUUGGACCCGAUGAACACGGGUUGAAAGUACAAAUUCAACGACGAAGUUCCACCACAUAUGAACUUCAUAUGUGGGUUGCCCUGUUGCAAAGCUUGAAGGAUGGGGACCUAAACGUGGGAGGAGAAACAAGAACUCUGCUGAAGCAACAAGGUGCUUUUGCCAAAGGUCAGACAAAAACGGCUCCUGUAGAGGAGGAAGUUCCACCUUUGCUUGGAGAAAAUGGAAAAAUUGAGGUAUGGCGUAUUGAUGGUGAAGAAAAGACGGAAUUACCCAAGGAGGAUAUUGGAAAAUUUUACAGUGGAGAUUGCUAUAUUUGUCUUUACUCCUACCAUUCUGAUGAAAAGAAAGAAGAUCACUACCUGUGCUGUUGGAUUGGGAAGGAUAGCAUCCAGGCAGUUGGGAGUGGCGCUAAAAUCCUCCAUGGUGAAGCUACUCUUGCCCAUUAUCUAUCACAACACUUAAUAGGUAACUUGGAAGGAAUAUUUACCCCUGGUUGGAUAGGAUAUGGGAAUGCUUAUGCACCCAAAGAAGCAGAUGAUCAAGCUAUGGCUGUUUUUUUUUUGCAAGCAAAUGCAAUAUGUCCUUCGGAUCCACUUGUCAUGAACAAAUUCAUUGGGCACACAAAAGAUGUCAUGGGUUUGAUCAACUGGACCACUAAUUGCUUAGGAUGUUUCUUGCAGAAACUUUGGAUGUUGUUCAAGACAUUGAUUGGGUCAUUUCUCUUGGAAAUGCUUUUGCAAAGCAGUAUGAGCUUUAUACAUAUGAUGAUGAGCAUUCUGCACUACUUCACAGGCUUAUUUUGGUGCUGGAUUAAGUGGAGUUCUGGCUUGGUGUGUGCGAGUGGGAAGGAACCAACCCAAUGCCCCCGGAGUUCUGGCACCUUCCAUCUUUACUUCCUAUGUAUCCAGGGUCUUGUUCAAUGCUUUAGCUGUGUUUGCUCUAAGGGAGAUCAACUUAUCAAAAGUAACCUUCUCAACAACAACAUUCUACUUAAGAAGGUGAGUAAUCAAGAUUAAGGGAGACUUGUAAUCAUGUUUGGCAUUCCUUUCCAGUAAGAAACAGAGUUGUAUGAUUAUUUGUUAGUUUUAUAGGAAUGUAUAACCCAUGUUAGCAAUGUAUUAUUUUUGUUUA